AUGUGGGAGCUCCUGCAUCCCUGGAACUUGGAACAACAGCAGGACAUCCCCUUUUGCUGGAACGUGUGCAAGUGGGAACGUCUCUGGUUCCUGAUCCUGAUCUUCACCUUCUUCCUCACUCUGACUUGGUUCUAUUUCUGGUGGGAAGUUGACAAUGACUACAAUGAAUUCAACUGGUUCCUCUAUAACCGGAUGGGAUACUGGAGUGACUGGUCCAUUCCUAUCCUUCUGACCACUGCCGCUGGCUUCACCUACAUCACAGGACUGUUGAUCCUGGCCCUCUGUCACAUUGUUGUGGGACAGCAGAUGCAUCUACACUGGCUUCACAAGGUGGCGCUGACUGUGGCCUUGAUUGCGACCCUCGUCGCCGUGUCCUCUGUAGCCCAGCUCUGGGACGAUGAGUGGGCUGUGCUGCUAAUAUCAUUGCAAGGCACAGCCCCAUUCCUGCACGUCGGGGCCCUGAUCGCUGUGACCACUCUCUCCUGGAUCGUGGCAGGCCAGUUUGCCAGAGCUGAGAAAGUCUCCUCACAGAUGGUCAUCUUCACUGCCUACUUCGCGGUGGUGUUUGUACUUUACCUGGUCCCCCUCACUAUCUCCUCUCCCUGCAUCAUGGAGAAGAAAGACCUGGGCCCCAAGCCAGCCAUCAUUGGCCACCGAGGAGCGCCCAUGCUGGCUCCAGAACAUACGCUGAUGUCCUUCCAGAAGGCCAAGGAGCAGAAGCUCUAUGGGGUCCAAGCUGACGUGACCAUCAGCCUAGACGGUGUCCCAUUCCUCAUGCAUGAUGCUACCCUGCGCCGCACAACCAACGUGGAAGAAGCCCUCCCGGAGCUGGCCCGCCGGCCCGCCUCCAUGUUCAACUGGACUGACCUGAAGCAGCUCAACGCAGGAGAAUGGUUCCUCAAGACAGACCCCUUCUGGACCGUGCGCUCCCUGUCAGCCUCCGACUACAGGGAAGCCCAGAACCAAUCCAUCUGCACACUGACCGACCUCCUGGAAUUAGCCAAAGGGAACAUGACCCUGUUGCUCAACCUCUGGGAGCUGCCCCGUGACCACCCCUACAGGAGCACCUUCUUCAAUAUCACGCUGGACACUCUCCUCCGCUCUGGCCACCCUCAGCACCUGGUGAUGUGGCUGCCCAGCAGACAGAGGCCGCUGGUCCAGAAGGUAGCACCGGGCUUCCAGCAGACCUCAGACGUCAAAGAGACGGUCGCCAGCCUGCGGCGCGGGCACAUUCAGAAACUGAAUCUCCGUUACACUCAGGUCUCCAGCCAGGACAUCAGGGACUGCUCUGCGUGGAACCUCAGCGUGAACCUCUACACGGUCAACGAGCCCUGGCUCUUCUCCCUCCUCUGGUGCUCGGGCGUCCAGUCCGUCACGUCCGACAACUCCCACACCCUGUCCAAGGUGCCUUCCCCGGUCUGGAUCAUGGCCCCGGAUGAGUACUGUCUGAUCUGGAUCACGGCUGACCUGGUCUCCUUCACACUCAUUGUGGGCAUUUUCGUACUUCAGAAGUGGCGAUUGGGCAACAUCCGGACCUACAACCCAGAACAGAUCAUGCUCAGUGCUGCUGUGCGUAGGACCAGCCGUGACGUGAAGAUCAUGAAAGAGAAGUUGAUCUUUUCAGAAAUCAGCGACGGCGUAGAGAACACGGAUGAUCUCUCCAUGUGUUCCGAGAAUGGCUUUUCCAAUGACGUCCUCGCCUCCGUGGAGCCCAAGACUCGCCCUGGCAGAGGAGGACGCUAACUCUGAAAGAUCCAGCGGCCCCGGCCCGCUCCUACCCUUCCAGCCAAGCACGGGAAGGGCCCCUGGGCCCCGUGGCCUGGCCUGUAAAUAUGUAGAAAGCCCUCUGAGAGCUGGUGGUAAAUGUAAGAAGCUGGGGUGCCAGGCAGAGGCCAGCAGAGGGUACCCCACGCAGGUCCCCAGAUCGGCCCCAGUGGUGAGCUCAGUGGGACACGGUUGUUGGGACGCCUUCCCCGUCUCCCUCAGCUCUGCCCUCUCCCCCACCAACCCUGUUAGGGCCCUCUCUGGCCAAUCACCUCUUCCCUGUGUGUGUUCUGGAUGGUCAGGAAGGAGAGCUGAGCCGUCCUUGGCCCUGUUGGGAGGUGCUUGAUACCAGUCCUGCUGGGAGGAGGAGAGACCGCAGCAGUCCCAGAGCCCAGCUGCUAUGAAGAUGGGGGCGGAGGGACUGAAGGGGCCAAGUGCCCCCUGUGAGCUCCCCUUGGGGGAAGCUAAGAGGAAACCCCAGACAGGAGCCAACUCUUCUCUCUCCAUACCCAAGGCAGAGAUGUUGCCAAGCUCCGCUCUGCCAACACAAGGGAACUACAGUACAAGAGAGUCCAGUGGUUAGGGCUAUCUGGGACUCUUCCAAACCACCGAGGGGACCGUAUGUGUGUGAGAUGUCUAUCUGUGCGCAUGAAUGAAAUUCAAAAAAAUUUUUUUUUAAUGUGGCCUACAAGGGCAAUGGGCCCCGCUCUGGUGAGCCCCAAGACAGCUCCUGUCACCGUGUAAAUAUUAAAGCACAAGUGACGUCACUUCCUGAA